UAGUUCGCGGGCCACAAAAAAAAAAAGGCUCCGCUGGCCGGAUGCGGCCCCCGCGCUGCCAGUUGGAAACCCCUGAUCUAAACUCUUCUGAUGUUAUCAAAUAUUUCGUUAAGUAUUUCUGGCGAAAUAAGAACAAAUGUAUUAUUAUAGAAGUGUUUCCAUUAUUUUAUUCACCCUCCUGUAAAUACAGAUUAUAAUUCUUACUCUAAGGAUUAUAUAAAAUCAAAUUAUUCUGUAAAAAUUUGUUCAGGAUUUACUUUUAUUUGAAAUCUUUAUUUACGCAGCGAGGAAGGCAUCCGCAUUUCCUCUUUACGAGGAUAAAAUUAUUCAUUAUCUAUUACCAUUUCCUUUAUAAUUUUGUGUAACACACUCAGAUAUUUUAGUUUUGUAAAUGCUUAUUGAACUGCACUCAACUCGUUCGAUUUUUAUUAUUGUCAUUCAAUAUAUAAUAACUAACAGAACAGUUCGUUCUUAUCAUCUAAUACGUUCUUAUUUUAUUUUCCAUCUUUAAUUCUAUCACGUGACGGCUAAUGUUAUGCGUGUGGUGCGCAUUAAAUUCGCGGCCUUGAUGGGCCUAACGUUUGUUGCCCUGCUGUUUUUUCACCUCUUCAUUUGGUCUAUGUGGUACAGGUCACCAUCUCUGGAAAGCAUUCAGAACAUCGAUGCAGACGAAGAGCAAGCUUGUCGACAUCCGGAUCUCGACUAUGAAAAUCCCAUCAUCCUCAAACACAUUCAAGACGUUGGUCAAAUUGACUGCAAGAGAGAAAUGGACUGGAUCGACGUAGACCAAGGAACUAUAAAAAUCAACGCCAUCAUCAUCAAGCGAUAUCGCAAAGUAGACUGCAAAUUAACAUUUCUAAGGAGGGUGGACGAUUUCUCCUCUGUGAAAGGCAACGUAGUGCAUCUGUCUUCUAAGAGAAACAAAGCCAAGUUGGAAAGUGAUUUCUUCCACGCCAAGUGCAAAUCGUUAGACGGAGUUGAAUGGAAAAAUAUCAUAGCGGGUGUCUACAAAAACGAAACUGUUCUAAAACGAGUGAGAGGCUUGAGUCCUCCAGAAACUGCAAUGAAGCUCAAUAUUUUGAUGUUUGGUCUCGACUCUAUGUCGAGACUGCAUUAUAUGAGAAAGCUGCCUAGGACGUAUAGGUACCUCACGGAGGUUCUGAAGGCUUCCGUGAUGAAAGGGUACAACAUUGUGGGUGAUGGGACUCCUCAAGCUCUUAUACCAAUAUUGACUAGCUUUACAGAACAGGAGCUUCCAGAAACUAGAAAAAGAAUGGAUGACGCAAACUUCGUGAAUGUGUAUCCAUUUGCGUGGAAGAAUUUCAGUGCUAGUGGGUAUGUAACAGCCUAUGCUGAAGAUUGUCCAUACACUGGUAUAUUUACAUACCGACUGAAAGGAUUCGAUGCAAUACCAACAGAUCAUUACAUGCGGUCGUUUUAUGUUGAAGUAGAUAAAGUAAUGAAGGAACACUCUAGACUUUGUCUCGCAAACAAGCCUCGUCAUAUCGUAAUGCUGGACUGGUUGAGACAGUUUUAUGACGUUUAUUCAGACGUUCCUAAAUUUGCUCUUGGCUUUCACGGAGAACUGAGUCAUGAUGAUUACAACUUAGUAGGACAUGCAGACCUAGACAUAGAGAAGUUUUUGAUUGGUUUAAAAGAGAGUGGAAUUCUAAAUAACACAAUUCUUAUUAUGUUUAGUGAUCACGGUCAUAGAUUCGCAGCCAUUCGAGAAACUCAGCAAGGAAAGCAAGAAGAAAGAUUGCCAUUCUUCGCCGUGGUGACUCCACAAUGGAUGGAAACGAAAUAUCCGAAGCUUAUUAGGAAUUUGAGAAUUAAUGAGAAUCGAUUAUCAACGCCAUUCGAUAUUUAUUCCACACUCAUGACCAUACUUGACUCAAAUGUGCCGAUACAGGGGGAUUUAUCACAUCGCAGCAUCAGUUUGUUCUCUGAGAUAUCACAAGAUAGAACUUGCUCAAUGGCUUCAAUUGAACCUCACUGGUGCGCCUGUUUGUCAUGGACAAAAAUGUCUCCGGGAUAUCCCGUGGCCACAAAUGUUGGCCAAGCUGUGAUAGAUUUUAUAAAUAAACUUACUGAGGUUCAACGAAACGUUUGCGAAAUACUUAAACUGAAAGAAGUUACGCGCAUUGAGAAACUUCUACCAAAUAAAGCACUUUUAAAGUUUAAGAAAAAUGCCGAUAGAGACGGCUUCAUCGGAGAAUUCUCUGACAAUACAGAAGUCACAGAACUCAUUUACCAAGUACAAUUAAGAGCUUCGCCUAGUGAUGGCAUAUACGAAGCAUCAGUGAAACACAUCACGAGUAGUAACCAAUUUCUGGUUAAAGAGUUUGAACUCAGUCGUGUAAACAUGUAUGCCAAUCAAGAACACUGUAUCCAUGAUACUUAUCCAAAUCUUAGAAAAUAUUGUUAUUGUAAAAAUCAAUUGUAAAUUUUGUAUAUCCUUUGAUGGAAUACUUAUGAUCAUAUGUUUGAUGUAGAACUCAGAUUCAUUCUUCAUUGAUCACGAUGAUGUUAUCUACAGUUAUAUGGUAAGAAAUUGUAGUAGAUCAGAGAUUCUUAAACUUUUUACCACUGAGAACGUAACUUUGUUGGAAAAUUUUCCCACAACCCUCUAAUAGACAUGUAGUAAUAAAUGUAAACGAAAAUUA